AUGGCGGGGAAAAUCACAAGCUAUCUGGAUUGCGUAUCACCAUACUCAUACUUCGCUUUACUAUAUCUCGAGAAGAACCGGGAAGUCCUCAAAUCUCAUGGAGUGGAAAUUGACAUAGUGCCCGUCUUCCUAGGUGGUAUCAAUGUUGGCAGCGGCAACAAGCCCCCUUGGACCCUCGAGGCAAAGGCGCACUACAGCAGGUACGACAGCGCGCGAGCGAAACGGUACUUCGGCGUACCCAAUAUCCAGACGCCAUCGUUCUUCCCGAUUCUCUCACUGUUUCCACAGCGCGCUUUGUGUUAUGUAAAGGAGGCGCAUCGAGAGAAGUUUGUUGCUGUCUUCUUUGACAUCUAUCGCGCAAUGUGGGAAGGUGGCGAAGAUGUCAGUAAGCCGGAGAUCCUGGGCAAAGUACUGGAACAGCAGUUCAGCGAAGAUGAAGCUCGGAAAGUCAUGGCAAGCGCAAACAGCGCACCAUACAAGCAGCGGCUCAACGAUAACACCAAGGAAGCACUCGAUCGAGGUGCAUUUGGCUGCCCAUGGUUCUUCGUACGGAACUCAAAAGGGGAAGAGGAGCCUUUCUUCGGAAGCGAUAGGUUCCACUUCAUGUGGGAGUAUCUGGGAUUGCCGUGGAAGGAUAUUGAGCUGCUGUCGUCAGGUAGUGCAAGAGCGAAGAUCUGA